GAUUUAGACCUCUUUUUUACGUGCUGUUUCCAUGAUGAAUCGUAAUAUUGGAGCUAUAUUGAUGAUGGCUUUUCAUAGUCGAUUGAACUAACCCAGAUCAGCUGUUCUGUAACCGAAAACUCAAAGUUUCCUAUCUCAGAGUUUAAGUUUAAACUCAGAGUUGGUUGAACCUCCACGGGACACUGGUGAACUUGGAUCAUGAUUUAUAAAUCGGGUUUGUUUUGUCUUUGCAUGUGGUUGGCACGUGGUGUGUUUGGUGAUGAAGUGAAGUCAGUGUCAGUGAUGGAGGGAGAUUCUGUUACUCUACACACUGAUAUUACUGAAAUACAGAGAGAUGAUCAGAUACUGUGGAUGUUUGGCUCUAAAGGUUCAGACACUCGUAUAGCUCAAAUUUAUAAGCAAAGCAUCUCUAUCUAUGAAACUAGUGAUAAAGAUUUUAGAAACAGACUGAAGCUGGACAGUCAGACUGGAUCUCUCACCAUCACAAACAUCACAAUCACAGACUCUGGACUUUAUAAACUACAGAUCAUCACCAGUAAGAUCUCAUACAGGAAUUUCAAUGUUACUGUCUAUGCUCAUCUGCCUAUUCCUGUCAUCAGCAGUAACUCUUCAGACUGUUCUUCAUCAUCAUCAAGCUCAAAAUGUGUGUUGUUGUGUUCAGUGUUGAAUGUGAGAGAUGUGAGUCUGUCCUGGUACAAAGAAAACAGUUUAUUGUCAAGCAUCAGUGUGUCUGAUCUCAACAUCAGUGUGUCUGAUCUCAACAUCAGACUCUCUCUACCUCUGGAGGUUGAAUAUCAGGAUACAAACACAUACAGCUGUGUGGUGAACAAUACCAUCACAAACCAAACUCAACAUCUCAACAUCAGUGAUCUCUGUCAACCGUGUCCAGGAAACAAGAGCAUUAGCAGUUCACUUCAAAUAGGAAUAAUUGUUGGUGUAGUGAUUCUUGUUGUGGCAGUGGCAGUAGCAGUUUUUGUGGCUUUAAAAUACUUUUGCUGGAAGCAAAACUCUAGAUCAACAACAAAUAAAGAUAGCUGAUGAAGACCACCACGUAGUGUACUCAAGUGUCACUUAAGAGAUGAGAUCAUUAGUAGUAUUGUCAAUACAUUUCAAUUGCCAACGGUCUGUUGGUGUACAAAUACAUUUCUUUUAAACGUUUACAUUUUCUCAACUCAACUAGUAUUGCUGUAUAUCAGCCUGUAUGCACUCCUGGAAUUCAGUUUUUUCUUAUAGGGCUUGUUUAAACUUGAAGGAGAUGCUUUAGAGGUUUCAGUAUUUAUCCACUGUUCCAGUAUUACAGUCUUGUAGUAUUAACUGCCUUUGUACGCAAUUGGCUAAAAAUACAUUAAUAUUGUUUAUUCAUAUGAAUAGUGAAAUUAGGAUUUCCUAAAAGACUGAAUGAUGAAUAACGAAUUGAGCUAUAACAUAGUCAAUCGACAUCUGCUUGUACACUGAAAAAAAAAUGUUUCAUUCAAUUUACUACAUUUAGCUUAAAUAAAUUGAUUGCGACCACUUACCUUAAAAAAAUUAGUAAAUUGAAUGAAUAAUUUUUUUCAGUGUACUUGCUUUUGCAAUAACAGUUGUUGUUAUAUGCAGUAUUUUGUUACACAGUACAUGUUACAACAUAAUGUAAAUGCUGAGAAGUAUUUCAUUUAUGAAUACUCUUAUAAUAGCAUUAGUCUGCCUUUGAUAAAAACUAACUGAACUAAACUCACUUGCCUUUUUACAGCACUUACAAUUUUAUAUGAUUUUUUUAUACUGUCUUUACACCAGAGAUUAUAUUUUUCUAUCCAUUAUAUACUUUUUACUGUAUCUUCAUUUGGCCAUAUGUAGGCUAUAUAGCCUUCUUCUGGAUCACAUAUUUUUUAAGUGUGUCGAGCCUAAAAGGGACUGUUAAAUGAAUCUACAGGCACAUUAGAAGCUUUUGAUUUGGUCAUCUGUUACUUUCAAAUGGCUAUAACUCUGUUUUUAUCACUUGUUGUUGGAAAAAAGAGCUUCCAAUGUCAGACUAAGAGCAUGCUCAUGAAUAAGAUAUGAAAAGUGGUUGAUGAUCUUGGAAACAAAAGUGUCCAAUUGUCUGUGAAUUUAUACUGCACUUAACAUUGUUGGGCCUGGACAUGCAAUAAAAACAGUAUCUCAAAGUAACCCAGA